GUUCUGAGAACAACAGAAGCGAGCCCACGCCUCUGUGCUGGCAGUUAAAGGGUCACAUAAGCUGCGUUUCCACAGAGAGGCUCCACAACAGUUACUGCUCAUCAUUCAUUCUUCAAGUCAUCAAAGAGGGAGAGAGUAUUAGCAACGGGAGAGCAGCUGGGAGGCUGCCGUUAAGGGAUCAGCCAUGCUUGGAGGCAUCCGCACAGAUUUGUUGGUCACAGUGACUCUACUCCUUCUAACUCAGACAGGGACUCAGUGCAGGGCUGAAGUAGACUUUUCACUGGUUACUUUACCAGACUGGAGGCCAAAUGCAGAUUAUGUUUCACAGUGUUUCUACGACAGACAGAACAAUUUUAUUUGUGAAUGGACCCAAUGGAAAUCAGAGGAUUUCGUAGUGACUAUUUUAGAGAGUGGCCCACUGGGACUGGAAGGCGAAGCCUGUCUUGAGUUUUGGUACAUAUCGCCAGUUGUAACUGAUGGGUCAGAACUUCGAGUUCUGCUGAAAAGCAGCGCUGGUCUGAAAGAAAUCUGGACUCUUACUGCCCUCCCGAGGGAUUCAUGGAGACAGGUGUUUGUCCCCUUGAACGUCAUUGAACCAGGCACUCAGGUUGUAGUCGAAGCAGUAUCCACAAGCGGACAGUUCGCAUUUAACCUGAUGGGUGUGAGCAGAGGCCAAUGUGGACCCCAGUGUGAAUCUAACACAGAGUUAUGGACAGAUGAGUCCACCCGUUGCCUCUGUUCCAGCGGCCAGCUCUCCUGCUCUCCCUCUCAGUGCCCUGAGGGCCAAAUCUGUGGUCCUCAAACAGGAAGUUCCAGAGGGAUUUCCACCUCUGGGACGUGCACGAUCCACAGUCACACAGACUGCAGCACUUUUGAUGGAGUGCUGUUCCGCUUCAUGGCCCCCUGCACCUACACGCUGGCUAAGACCUGCUCACCCUCCGAGGCCCUGCCCAUGUUCAGUGUGGAAGUGGUCAAUGAGCAGAACUGGAACUCAUCUCUGCCGACUGUUCAGCAGGUCGUUGUGAACGUGGGGAAAUUCAGAGUGUCCCUGCUGAGAAGGCAGACACACCGAGUUGUGGUUAAUGGGGUCUGGAGGAAGCUUCCACUGAGCCUCAGCAGUGGCACAAUCAACAUCAAGAGCAACCCUGCUGCUGUUGAACUGGAAACCAGCUUCGGUCUGUCUGUCUCAUUUGACAACGCUGGUGCUGUCCAUGUCAAACUGCCGUCCACCUACUCUGAUAAAGUCUGUGGCUUGUGUGGGAACUUUAACCACCUCAGAAGAGAUGACUUCAGAAAGCCUGAUGGAACAAAUGCCCAAGAUGCUACAGCUUUGGCCAAGAGCUGGCAAACGGAGGAAAACACCUCCUCCUGUGAAACCAUUCUAGUACCCCAUCAGUGUGACCCACAGGAGGAAGCUGAGUAUGCCAGUGAGCUGUACUGUGGAGGCCUCCUCUCUAGCACUGGGCCCUUCGCUGGCUGCCUAGCCGUUCUGGGAGCGGAGAGCUACUUCAGGGGCUGUGUGGUCGACAUGUGCACUGCUCAUGGUGACCCAGCGGCGCUAUGUGAGACAUUACAGGUCUACGCCGAUAUCUGCCAGGAGGCUGGAGUCGCAGUACCCAUAUGGAGGAACUCUACAUUCUGCCCCCUUCAGUGUGGUGAGAACAGCCACUAUAACUCAUGUGCUGAUGGCUGUUCCGAUGUAUGCUCCGUUCUGGAUAUAGUCGGUUCCUGUGGAGGCUGUGACGAAAGAUGCGAGUGUGACUCUGGCUUCAAACUUAGUGGGGGAAAGUGUGUCCCCGCAGAGGACUGUGGGUGCUGGUACAGUGGAAAACACUAUGAGAAAGGAGCAACAUUCUCCGAGGGAGAGUGUGUGCAGCAGUGCCAGUGCAUGGGUAACAAUGAAGUGCAGUGCACCAGAAUGCAAUGCGCAAACCAUGAGGUUUGUAAGGUCAAGGAUGGGGUCAAAGGCUGCUUCCCUUUCAAACCCGCCACCUGCAGUGUGUACGGUGAUCCACACUACAUCACCUUUGAUGGCAUGGCUUAUGAUUUCCAAGGUGGCUGCAGUUACACGCUGACUACCACGUGUGGAGGUCAAAGCUCAGUCCAGUUCACUGUGAUCGGACACAACAUGCAUCCUCCCAUUCAAAACUUCACCCGCUCCAAGCUGGAAGCUAUGACCCUUAAGGUUGAGGAUCUGUACCUCACUCUGAAUCAGAGCGGAGAGGUCUAUGUGAAAAACAGACCUGUCCUACUCCCCUAUUUCACCAAUGGUACAUACGGCUCAGUUUGGGUCGACCUGAAGAAGAAUUAUAUUAUCAUGGAGACGACAUUUGGGCUCAGAAUUAUGAUAGACACACAGAACAGACUGUUCCUGCAGGUGGAUGAGCGCUACAAGUAUGAACUGUGCGGACUGUGCGGCACCUACUCUGAUCGUCAGGAUGAUGACUUCGUAGCACCAGAAGGCCAAAAUGCUACUGGGCCAUUUGAGUUUGGUGACAGCUGGAGGGUGCCAGGCGAUGAUGAGUGUGUUUCCCAUCCAAAUGAUCCCAGACUCUGUGACUAUGACCAGGAAAAUGAGGCCUACAAUGAGUGCUACACCAUUUUAGGGGAUGCCUUCAAGCCCUGCCAUGAAUCCAUUCACCCAAGCAUCUACCUCAAUAGUUGUGUGUACGACUACUGCGCCACAAAUGGUGACCGUCACACCCUGUGCGAAUCUCUCAAGUCCUAUGCAGCAGCAUGCAGUGUUGCAGGAGUGGAGCUUCCCCACUGGCAGAUGAACACAGCCUGUGCUGACCCCCCAACAACUGCAACUCUUCCAACAUCUCCAGCUCCUACCUCUCCAACACCUGAUCAGCAUUUCUGCCCCAUAAACUGCGACUUUGAAAGAAAUUUAUGUGGGUGGGAGCAGCUGGUACAGGAUAGUUUUGAUUGGACAAGACACUCAGGACCCACCCCAACAAGCUUAACUGGCCCAAACCAAGACCACACCACUGGAGCUGGCUACUACAUGUACAUUGAGGGAAACAGUGUAACCCAUGGAGAUUCAGCUCGUCUGUGGAGCUCAAAUUGCCAUUAUAAUGGCCCACUCUGCCUGAACUUCUGGUACCAUAUGUAUGGUUCAGCCACUGCCAUGGCCCUCAAUAUCUACCUGCUCAAAGACAAUAAAGCUACCAAGCUCUGGUCCAUGAGGAACAACCAGGGACCAGAAUGGCAUCUGGGAAAUGUUGACAUCAGAGUGUCUGGUCCAUUCCAAAUCAUAGUGGAGGGAAUUCGAGGCUCUACUGAUCAAUCAGAUGUGGCCAUUGAUGACAUUUCCAUCCACUUUGGUGCAUGCUCAGGUACCUUCCCUGGCCUGGGUGGUGGAACUGAACUUCCUCCCAUAACUACGGAAGUCCUUCCCUCACACUCAGUCUGCAAUAUGGACUGUAGCUUCGACAGCAACCUUUGUAGCUGGGAUCAAAUGAUCACAGAUGCUUUUGACUGGACAUGGCAAAGUGGUUCCACCCCCACCCUGAUGACUGGGCCCUCUGCUGACCACACUGGUGAUGGUCACUAUCUUUACAUCGAGGCCAGCAAUGUGACAUACGGAGACAUGUCUCGUCUUAUCAGCUCUAAGUGUUCUGACUCUGGUCCUCAGUGUCUGCAAUUCUGGUACCAUAUGUACGGCUCAGCAGACACAAUGGGCCUCCAUGUUUACCUGAUCCAGAACAGAUCCGCCCAUGCUGUUUGGAGGAAGCGAAAUGACCAAGGAAAUAUGUGGCACCUGGCUCAGGUGGACAUCACAACAACUGGAGCUUUCCAGAUCAUCUUUGAGGGGCGUAGAGGCUCCAAUGAAGAAUCCGAUGUGGCAAUAGAUGAUGUAAAGCUUUAUCGUGGACGAUGCUCUGAUCUGAGUGGUGGUGUGGCAACAAACCCUCCGAGUGUCCCUGUGCCAACCACUGCAGCUCCACAGCCUCCUCUGGUCAAUGUCACAGCUCAGCUCCCUGAUACAGCUCCAGUUAACGGACCACUACCACACUCAGUCUGCAAUAUGGACUGUAGCUUCGACAGCAACCUUUGUAGCUGGGAUCAAAUGAUCACAGAUGCUUUUGACUGGACAUGGCAAAGUGGUUCCACCCCCACCCUGAUGACUGGGCCCUCUGCUGACCACACUGGUGAUGGUCACUAUCUUUACAUCGAGGCCAGCAAUGUGACAUACGGAGACAUGUCUCGUCUUAUCAGCUCUGAGUGUUCUGACUCUGGUCCUCAGUGUCUGCAGUUCUGGUACCAUAUGUACGGCUCAGCAGACACAAUGGGCCUCCAUGUUUACCUGAUCCAGAACAGAUCCGCCCAUGCUGUUUGGAGGAAGCGAAAUGACCAAGGAAAUAUGUGGCACCUGGCUCAGGUGGACAUCACAACAACUGGAGCUUUCCAGAUCAUCUUUGAGGGGCGUAGAGGCUCCAAUGAAGAAUCCGAUGUGGCAAUAGAUGAUGUAAAGCUUUAUCGUGGACGAUGCUCUGAUCUGAGUGGUGGUGUGGCAACAAACCCUCCGAGUGUCCCUGUGCCAACCACUGCAGCUCCACAGCCUCCUCUGGUCAAUGUCACAGCUCAGCUCCCUGAUACAGCUCCAGUUAACGGACCACUACCACACUCAGUCUGCAAUAUGGACUGUAGCUUCGACAGCAACCUUUGUAGCUGGGAUCAAAUGAUCACAGACGCUUUUGACUGGACAUGGCAAAGUGGUUCCACCCCCACCCUGAUGACUGGGCCCUCUGCUGACCACACUGGUGAUGGUCACUAUCUUUACAUCGAGGCCAGCAGUGUGACAUACGGAGACACGUCUCGUCUUAUCAGCUCUGAGUGUUCUGACUCUGGUCCUCAGUGUCUGCAGUUCUGGUACCAUAUGUACGGCUCAGCCGACACAAUGGGCCUCCAUGUUUACCUGAUCCAGAACAGAUCCGCCCAUGCUGUUUGGAGGAAGAGGAAUGACCAAGGAAAUAUGUGGCACCUGGCUCAGGUGGACAUCACAACAACUGGAGCUUUCCAGAUCAUCUUUGAGGGGCGUAGAGGCUCCAAUGAAGAAUCCGAUGUGGCAAUAGAUGAUGUAAAGCUUUAUCGUGGACGAUGCUCUGCUCCAGAGCCUCCCCUGGUCAAUGUUACAGCUCUGCCCCCUGUAGCAAACGUCACCAUACCUCCUGCAGUGGAAGCAACAACUGAUGUCAUUAAUGACGGCAAUGUUACUGUAGCUCCAGCAGAUGGAAAACCAUCGCACCCAGUGUGCCAACUCGACUGUAAUUUUGAACAAGAUCUCUGUCAGUGGAGUCAACUUCUUGCGGACGUUUUUGAUUGGACAAGGCAUAGUGGCUCCACUCCCACUAUGAUGACAGGGCCGUCUUCAGAUCACACCACAGGAGAUGGCCACUAUCUUUACAUUGAAGCCAACAGCGCAUCAUAUGGAGACACGUCUCGUCUUAUCAGCCCUGAGUGUUCUGACUCUGGUCCUCAGUGUCUGCAGUUCUGGUACCAUAUGUACGGCUCAGCAGACACAAUGGGCCUCCAUGUUUACCUGCUCCAGAACAACUUAGCCAAUGCUGUUUGGAGGAAGCGAAAUGACCAAGGAAAUAUGUGGCACCUGGCUCAGGUGGACAUCACAACAACUGGAGCUUUCCAGAUCAUAUUUGAGGGACGUAUAGGUUCCAGUGAUCAGUCUGAUGUUGCCAUAGAUGAUGUAUCACUUCACCGUGGGCAUUGCACAGACGUGGCCAAACCAACAAAACCUGCCCCAUCAACCUUCAAUCCAGUUGUAACACAAGGUCCAGAGCGUCCUCCAGCCAACAGCCCAACUGCUGCACAACCACAAACAGCAACUUCAUCAAAACCACAGCGACCAUCAACAACCACCGCCACAACAACAACAACUACCCCCACAACAACAGCAGCCACAACCAAUUGUGACACACAAACCCCUUCCAGGCCAGCAACAACUACAACUCCAAAAACUUCAAAUCCUAAUGUCUCAACAACAAAACCACAGCUACCAACAACAUCAACAACAAUAACCACAUCUAGACCCCACCCACCAGCAUCAGAGCAACCAGAGCCUGAAAUUACAGAUGGACCCCAAACAACAGCAGCACCAGAGCAACCAGCUAUAUCUACUAAUGAGCCACAAACCACAGCUGGACCCCACCCAACAACAGCACAACCAGGACUUGAAACUUCUGAGCAACCAGAACCUGAAAUUACAGAUGGACCCCAAACAACAGCAGAACCAGAGCAGCCAGAUACAUCAUCUACUGAUGAGCCCAAAACCCCAGCUGGACCCCACCCAACAACAACACAACCAGGACUUGAAACUUCUGAGCAACCAGAACCUGAAAUUACAGAAACUCCUCAAAUGACAACAAGACCAGGGCAACAAGCUACACCUAAUGAACCCCAAACCUCAGGUGGACCCCAACCCCAAACAACAGAAAGUCAAGAACCUACAGCUAGACCACAACCUCCAACUACAGCUAGACCACAACCUCCAACUGAAACUCAGCCACAAACAACCAUUAAACCACAACCACCAACCACGGCUAGACCACAACCUCCAACCACAGCUAGACCACAACCUCCAACUGAAACUCAGCCACAAACAACCAUUAAACCACAACCACCAACCACAGCUAGACCACAACCUCCAACUACGGCUAGACCACAACCUCCAACUGAAACUCAGCCACAAACAACCAUUAAACCACAACCACCAACCACGGCUAGACCAGAACCACCAACCACGGCUAGACCCCAACCUCCAACUACAGCUAGACCACAACCUCCAACUACAGCUAGACCACAACCUCCAACCACAGCUAGACCACAACCUCCAACUGAAACUCAGCCACAGCCCCAAACAACCGUGAAACCUCAACCACCAACCACCCUUGAACCCCAACCCACAACAACUACACCAAAGCCCACAACAUCAGCCGGACCACUACCUACCACAACCAUUAAACCACAUUCAACAACACAAAGACCUGAGCCUACAACUACAGCUACGCCACAAUCUACAACAGCCAGACCACAACCACCAACUACACCUGUACCAACACCAUCCUGCCCAGCGAACAGUCAUUACACCACGUGUAUCCCUGCCUGUAGUCCAACCUGUACAUACCUGAAUGGCCCGCCUCGCUGCAGUGAUGAUGAUGGCUGUGUGCCGGGAUGUGUAUGUGAUGACGGUUUUGUACGGAGAGGGAGGGUUUGUGUGCCCAUCCAACAAUGUGGAUGUGUGGACAGGAAUGGCACCAAACAUCAUUUCAAUGAAGUGUGGUACACCGAUCACUGUCGUCAGAAAUGUGAAUGUGAGAAAGACGAUGGCAUGGGGGAGAUUGACUGCGAUGACGAUGAUGAGUGUGAUGGAAAUGCUGUGUGUCUUCAAAAUGAGGAGGGCGAUUACUACUGCCAGUCCACAGGCUUCAGUGAGUGCACCAUCACAGGAGACCCAGAGUACAGAACCUUUGAUAAAAUGAAGCAUGACUUUGAGGGUGAGCACUGGUACGUGCUGGUCCGAACCAACAACUUGCCAAAUAACCUUCCACACGUCUACAUCGAGGGCAUCAAUAUCGCACAUGAUGACGAUGAUAGUCACCAUCAUGAUGACAGUAGCAGUGAAGAAGACCACAGUCGCAGAGUUAGAGAUGAAGACGAAGAUGAUGAUGAUGAUGAUGACAAACAUGAUGACGACAGUGAUGAAAAUGAGGAACACCACAGAUUACAGGAGCUUAAGAUCAGAGUGUACGAUCACACCGUGGAGUUCAAGAAGCAUCGCAGGCUGAUGGUGGAUGGAAGGAGAACAAAUACUCCCGCCUCACCAGCUGCUGGUCUGAAAAUCUGGGAACGUUCCUCCCGCAUCUACCUGAGGACCGACUUUGGCCUGUUAGUGGAGUUUGAUGGACACAGCACAGCAGAGAUCACUCUACCACGCACAUAUAAAAGGAAAGUGGGAGGUCUGUGUGGGAACUUUGACGGUCAAAAGCAGAAUGACUUGAUGAAGCCAGAUGGUACCCGUGCCAGGAGCGUUCAAGAGUUUGGAGAGAGCUGGAGAGUGUGAAUAUGUGAUAAAUGUAAGGAUGAGACACGGCACUUAAAAAACCCUGUGAGAGUUUUAAUCACUAGUAGAAACAUCACUGUAGAAGUUUACAAGAAAACUCCUCACUGAUAUCACAUUUCACCUUACUUGACAAAAACAGACAGAAUGAAAGUUCUUUUUUUUUCUUUUCUUGAAACUAAGCUGCCAAACAUGAUGUGGCAAAAACAUGACCCGUGUGAAUGAUUUCUUUAAGUUCAGCUCUUCAGGACGUUUUUU